AAUCAAAAAACAACACUUCCCAUGAACCAUUGGUUGCCGGUUUCAGUUUGGUGGGGGAAGUAAAAUGGCGGACAUGGAUGGGCAGGGCCUUUUAUUGUGUUCAGAAAUGUGAAAUCUUUAAUGCUUUUAAAAACCUUUUAGGUUUUAUGGAAAUAUUUUAAUGCUAGUUUUGCAGAUUGAGCUCUUUCCAAGUUAGUUAUCCAGCUUGAACUCCAACGAUAAAGAUGGGGACAGACGAAGACUAUAAAGGGGCUGGCCUCCCCGAACCAAAGACAGGAGAGGAGAACAAAGAAUGUACUGAAAAGGAAGGAAAUGAGGAUGAAGAACAUAACUCUCAGAGGAGAAGCAAAACGGCCUUGAGAUGUAACCAAGAAACUGGAGAGAUCCUAGUUGACGAACCUAGUGAACUGGGUGCUUCCGUGGUUGCCAUAGAGACCCCGUCCUUUUGGAUCCCUGCACAGUCCUCAUCGUUACAGCUGGUUGAUAGUGGUGACAUUGAAGUAGAGCUUACUGCAGAGGUGCAGGUAGAAGAAGGAUCAACCCUUGCUUUUCUGUCAUCCUUGGCCCCGUUUGCUGGCAACCGGAAGAUUGGCCUUCACUCCUCUCACCCCCACUCCAGACUGAUGAAGGAGCUUCUGAUGCUGGGCUGCCCCUCAUUUGCUCCUUCUCCUCGGGUCACAGGCUCCACUCCAGCCCCUGGCCCGAGGAUGAGGCCUACAUCUGCCCUUGCCAAGAGCCCGCUGCCCUCCUCACCCUCCAGCUCCCCCUCCUCCCCUUCUUCCCCUCCAUCAUCACCUUCCUCCUUACCGUCAUCAUCCUCUUCAUCACCCGGGGGAGCCGGCACUGGUUACCAUGACACUGAUGACAGAGGCCACUCGGGCGCCGGUGGAAUCACCAAUGCGACAGGUGACGUGGUAUCCUCUACCUCUUCCUCCCUGGGCCCUUCCCACUCACUCAAUGACCCGCGCCCCUUCUCCUCCAAUCCCAUGUUCCAUCGCCUGGGCCCUCCCACGCAACCGGAUGGCGACUCUCAAAGAGAAGCUUCCGAGACGGAGAUCUAUGACCCCUUCCAGCCCACGGACGGAGAAACGGAGCAAGAGCGGCCAAAACCCCUGGAGGAAGAGGAGGACGAUGAGGAGGAUAAAUAUGACCCCUUCCAGCCAACAGGCUCCCCAGCCUCGGAGGAGCGCGACGAGAGAGGCUCGGAAGGAGAGGGGCCACUGGGAAGCCCCAAUGGCAACGCUGUGAACCAGAUGAACGACAUUGAGACGGAGGGGCUGGACGUCUCGCAGGGGUCCCCUCCAGACUCGACGGAGGCGACAGCUGCAGCAGCAACCUCGGCUUCGGCUCCCUCCCCCUGCUCUAGCCCAACCCCUCCGGCACCUGUCGUGACCUACAGCCCGCAGCCGCCCCAGAGGAGGCGGUCACUCCGGGACGGUGGGCGGGAGCAGCGGCGGAUGCGCGAGCGGAGAGAGGACUCGGAGCACUCGGAGAUCGAGGAGGGCGAGAUUGUGGGGGCCGCUGGCGACAAGGAGAGGUGGCGGGAGCGGGCGGCGGUGGUGGACGAUGCGCACGGCGGGCUCCCGGGGCUCGGGCUCGGCAUGGGGAUGAAGACGGAGCGCAUCCUGCGGGUCAUGGAGGGCGACGGCUUCGUGUCCGUCUGUACGGAGGCCACCUGGGAGCAGGAGCCUCCACCGCCAGUGGUGGGCGUCGGGGACCUGCGGAGGAAGCUGACCAGCCGCAGGAAGGAGCGCUUCCGCUCCUGCCCCGUGUCCGUUACUCUGACACCUCCACUCCCGCUGCCGUCUCCGAUGCCCCCCACUGUCGCCAUGCCAUCACCCUCGCCUCCAGCCUCCCCCUCCCUCUCCCUCUCGACUGACCGCGAGAAGAGCCGGAAGCCCUCCAAGAGCUCCCGGGAGCGCGAGCGGCGCAAGCUGAAGGAGACUAAGGCCAUAGAGAAGGAGAAAAGGAAGAAGAGGAAGGAGGAGAAAGAGGGCAGCCGGGAGCGGAAGGAGAGAGAGCGGGAGAGGAGGAGCGAGAAGGAGGAGAGGCAGAAGGACGAGAGGACGAGGAGGAGCAGUAGGAGCUCCAGCCGCAAGAGGAAGAGGAGAAAGCAUAGCAGCCCGGAGGCUUCCCAGAAUUCCGCAGCCCGACACACACACUCGAGGCGGCGGUCCUGGUCCAGCCAUUCGGAUGAUCACCACAGGGACAGGGAGAGGGAGAGAGAUGGAGAGCGAGACCGGGAGCGAGAGAGGGAGAGACAACGAGAGCGGGAUCGUGAACGGGACCAAGACCGAGACCGAGAUAGAACUAGAGACCGGGAGAAGGAGAGGGACAGAGGUCGAGACAGAGACCGGGAAAGGGGCAGAAGGGACCGGAGCAGAGACUCCCGAGGGAAGAGCAGGGUAAAGAGAGAGCGGGAGGAUGGGGAGCAGGGCUCCAGCAGCCGGGAGAGGGGCAGCAUGAAGCGGUCCAAGAGCAGCAGAGAGAGGCGGGAGGACACGCGGGAGCCGGACAGACACCGGGACCGAGAGAGGGACAAUAGGAGAGACGGACGGCCAGUCGUGCCGCCGUCCAUCCAGGAUCUGAACGGGUCCGAUCUGUUCGCCAUCAAGCGCACCAUCACAGUCACCACGACGACCACCACAACGACCGUGCCGGGGUCACCGGGGCAAGGCCAGCGGUCGUCCCUCAGCCCGGCCUCGGGCCUGUCUCACAAGCGGAAGAGGAAGAGGAGAAGGCGCUCCGACGAGGAAGAGCAGGAGGAGGAGGAGCGCUCGAGGAGACGGGGCAGUCGCUCGCGCCACGCCUCCCUCUCACCUAUGCUCUACCACGGCUACGAGUCGGACCGCUUUUCCGAGCGGCAGGAGGCGGACAUGCUGUCGCUGGACGGCGAGGCGCUGGACUCGGACUACCCCUCGCUGGAGGACUCUCCGCUAUUGCCACGGUCACCUGAGCCCCCGCCAUCCCCACCUCCCAAGAGCAGCAGCCCGCCGGCCAAAGUCUCCGGCCGCCGGGACAAGAAGAAGUCGCACGCCUCCGGCAAGAAAGCCAGCCAGCCGUCGGAGUCUGCAUCACUCCGCGCCAAAGCCAAAAGCAAACACCUGACCUCGUCAUCGUCUCCGCCCCUCUCGCCCACGGGCGCCCUCGCGCCAUCCCUGCCGCUGACCGCUGCUUCCUCAGCCAAACGUACCAGGAAGAAGAAGGAGAAGGAGCGGGAAAAGGGGGCCAAGAAGGAGUCUGGCCGCUCGGGCCACUCCAAGAAGCCAGGCAGCAAGAAGGCCAAGCUGCAGUCCAAGGUGUCGGUGCUGGUGCGGGAGGGGGUGAGCAGCACCACGGGCACGUCUGCCGCCCCAGGGUCUGCUGGGAAGCUGGCCAUGGACCGCAUGGGCCCAAGCGGGGUGGCUGGAGUGGGCGGCGGUGGCUCGUCCUCUGUGGUGGGCGGCUCCAUCGCCGUGGUGUUCCGACGGGACAACGAGAGCCGCUCGCCGUUCCUGAAGCCGUGCUCGGAACCUCUGUCUCUGCAGUCACGCGGCGGGGGUGGUAAAGACCCCGGUAAGGCCGGCGGGCAGCAGCAGUCGCGAGUAGGAGAAACGCCCCUGUCCAGCCAGCCACCUCCUCAUCCACCUCCUCCCUGCUCCACCUCGGGGCUGCUGGGCGCCGGGCGCCUCGGGAAGAAGUCCGCGGACAGAGCGGGCGCUCGCCACAGCGGAGAGGCCAAAGCCCCGCCACCGGGAGGCUCGCUGCCCAAACCCUCCAGCCCGCCCGCCUUGCUCCCGGCCCCCACCCCUUCCUCCUCCUCCUCAUCCUCCUCCUCCUCCACCAGCGCGCUGCCGCCCUCCUCCUCGCCCCCGCACACGCCGCCCCUCUCCCUGCCACUGCCGUCCCGGGACGCCCGCGACUCCAGCCCGGACUCGCAGACAGUGGACAGCAGCUGCAAGACCCCCGAGCCCUCCUUCUUGCCAGAGGAGUCCCAGAGCGACCGCCGCCCCCAGCCCGCCCCCACGCCUUCCACCGCCGGGGGCAGUGCUGCCCAGUCGGCCCCCGGCGCCAAGCCCCUUCUCUUGGACGAGCAGAAGACCUCGCCCCCCUGCUCCACCUCGUCGGGCUCGGCGGCUCCCUCGCUCCCACUCUCCCUGCCACCCUCAGCCACGACCCCUGCCGUUGUUUCGUCCGUUGCCCUUAGUGGGCGCCCCUGGGCCGGGCCUCCCCCACCUCCACCUCGCGGGCCCCCCCAUGCCCUGAGUCUGUGGCAGAGACGGGAGGACUGCACUUGGGGUGGGGUAGCUCAGAUAACUGCACUCCUGUUUAAGAUGGAGGAGGCCAAUAUUGCCAGCCGCGCCAAAGCACAUGAGUUCAUUCAAGCCACAAGUCAGAUUCUCUCACAGGCCAACCAGAACCAGGCCCAGCAGCACGCCCCCUCCUCUUCCUCCACCUCUUCCUCCUCAUCCCAAGCCCCUCCUCUAUCUUCACUAGCCCAAUCCUCUGGUCCCAAUCCAGCACAGUUCAUUCUUCACAGCUCUCUCCCACUGGUUGGAUGCACCAAAACUCCUCCCACACAUCUGCUACCUGGGCUUUCAUUGGGUGGUGGAUGUGCACAAACUCCACCCCCUCCCAGUUUGCCUCCAGGGAUGGGAGGAACGAGUGAAGGAGCCUGGGAUGGGGACAGUAAAGAUCCCGACAAGUACCUGAAGAAGCUGCACACACAGGAGCGUGCGGUGGAGGAGGUCAAGCUGGCCAUCAAGCCAUAUUAUCAGCGCAAGGACAUCAAUAAGGACGAAUACAAGGACAUCCUGAGGAAAGCUGUACACAAGAUCUGCCACAGCCGGACAGGCGAGAUCAACCCAGUUAAAGUGAGCAACCUGGUCAAGCUCUACGUGCAGCGCUACAAAUACUUCCGUAAGCAUGGCCGAAAGAUGGACGACGAGCGCGAUGGCGACCGGGACUCCGGCGCCAUGCAUUCCCCGUGAUUGGACGCUGGACAUGAUUGACUGAGAGAGAGAGACCCCCUCCUUGUCCCCUUGCCUAU